AUGUCCAACCAAAGAAAGGCACCAAUAUUUUGGAUUCUCGGAGCAGGUCUUACUGCCAUUGCAAUCCAGGCAUCAUAUUGUUCUGUUAAACCUGGAUUUAAAGGAGUUGUGUUUAAUAGGUUAUCUGCACAAUUUGAAGAACCUUUAGAACAGGGUCCUCACUUUUUAAUUCCUUUCAUUCAAAAACCUACUCUUUUUCCUGUUAAAACACAAAGAAUUUCCAAUAUUUUAUACUUUACGAAAGAGAAGGAUCAAUAUAUUAGAUAUUCAGUCAAGUAUGAACCUUUAUUGGAUAAUAUAAAUGAUACUUACAGAAAAUUAGGGAAAGAUUAUAAUAUUACAAUGGAAUCGUAUGCAAAUGCAGUCUUGAGAAAUGCAAUUGUUGAUGGAAGUGUUACAAUUUCGAAUAAUUUGGAAAAUGAAAUGAAAAGUUUACUAAUUUCAAAAUUCAAAGAGUAUCAUUUCAAUGCUCAUGACAUUAAAUUGGAGGAAUUAAAAUUGUAAUAUGUUUAAUAGCAUUUGGUUAAACAAGAAUCCCAAUAACGAACAACUCUAAACUCUUUAUUGUAAAUUGAUUCAACAGGAAUGAUGAUAAUUAUAAAUAAAUUUGAAGAAAUGGCAAGAUAUCGAAUAGGAACUGAAACAAGCUAUUUACAACCGAGUACCUACUUUAAAAUUCUACUCAAUUGAGCCACAACUUUUUCCUCUUUUGUACAAUUUUAAUGAUUACCAUACUUGGACCCGGUCUUAUUGAUUAGUUUCAACAUCAUUCCAAACAAACUAAACUACAGUAACAACAACAAUAUCUUCAUUGAUAUCAAAUAUUAUUUCAUAUUUUCAUUUAAAACAGAGUAUACUUUGGAGGACCAAGUGUUAAGAAAUAUGGUUAAUUUUAUCUUUGAUGCUCACUUGAAAUCUUCCUUGGGUACUUCGUUAAUUAUUUCAAUUCU